UUGAUACUUUGUGUUCAGUGUAUAUAAACAAUGACGUAACAUCCUUUAUAUUGACCUAUGCUAGAAUGAAACGCUCAUUUGGCAUUAGUAAACACCGGGUAAACAACUAGGCGCGCUUUAGUACUGCCGGUUAUUUAGGUUUUAUACUGUGUAACUUAGUGCAGUUUGGGCGAAAGUUGUCAGGAAAAUUCCUAUAGUAUAACAAGUUACUGUAAGAAGUAUGCCGCCGUAUGAGCACCUUUUAGAAUACAAGCAUAUAUGGACGAAACCAAAAGACGUCCUGGUGUUUUAUGUCAACGGUGUUAAGGUGACCGAGCCACAUCCGGAGCCAGAAACCACUCUUCUCGUUUACAUUAGAACAAAACUUCGUUUAACUGGAACAAAGCUGGGAUGCGGAGAAGGCGGGUGUGGCGCAUGUACUGUUAUGGUUUCAAAAUGGGACAAGGAGAAGAACCGCAUCGUACAUUUUUCGGUUAACUCCUGUCUUGCUCCGGUUGUUUCCAUGCACGGAUAUGCUGUUACGACGGUGGAGGGAAUAGGCAGCACAAAGACAAAACUUCAUGCAGUGCAGGAACGUCUUGCCAAGUUUCAUGGUUCACAAUGCGGUUUCUGUACCCCGGGGAUUGUUAUGUCCAUGUACACACUACUGCGAAACAACCCCGUUCCGGAUAUGGAGAGCAUAGAAAAAUCACUACAAGGAAAUCUGUGCAGAUGUACAGGCUAUCGCCCGAUAUUAGGAGCUUUUCGGACCUUUUCUGCAAGCAAAAACGGAUGCCCAAUGGGUGAUAAAUGUUGCCGGAAUAAACCCAGCGAGGAUUCAAAACAAGAAAACGGAGAACAACAAGAAGUUCACCUUGAAGACCAAACGGAUUCUUUUAGCCAGCAAUAUGAUCCAACACAAGAGCCCAUAUUCCCCCCUGAACUUUUGAUUUCCAGCAAAGCUGAAUCGGACGUUUCGUUAAAAUUCGUUGGCGAGCGUGUGACUUGGUACCGACCUACAACACUCGACCAGCUGACCGAUUUAAAAGAAAAAUUUCCCGAUGCUCAUUUGGUUGUUGGCAAUACUGAAAUCGGAAUCGAGACCGGUGUGAAGGGACGUUGCUAUCCCGUGAUAGUUACACCAGCGUCUGUUCGUGAGCUCUCGCACGUAAAGACGGAUAACUUAGGCAUAGAGAUUGGCGCUUCCUGUAUUUUGAGCGAUUUGGUGGAACGCUUGAAAGGGAUAGUUGACGAAAGAGGUCAGAACCCGACACAAGCGUUAUCAUCGAUGCUUGAGAUGCUGCAUUGGUUUGCUGGCGACCAAAUACGAAAUGUUGCUGUUAUCGGUGGAAAUAUUAUGACGGCUAGUCCGAUAUCCGACCUUAAUCCAAUCUUCAUGGCUUGUGGUGCGACCGCCAAGUUCAUGCUACAUUCACGAGGCGAGAGAAAGGUUCCUAUGGACCAAACCUUCUUCCCCAGCUACCGAAAGACUAGCGCGCUAAAAGGGGAAGUUCUAAUCUCUGUCCGACUCCCGUUUAUGAGACAGAGCGAGUACAUGAAAGCAUACAUGCAGUCCAAACGUCGAGAAGACGACAUAGCGAUUGUGAACGCAGCUCUGCGUGUGAAAUUCCACGACGGCACACGCAAAGUGGAAGAGUUUUCGGCAGCUUUUGGUGGAAUGGCUGCAACGUCCGUUCUGGCCCAGCACACGAUGACAAACAUUAUUGGCAGGGAAUGGGAAGAUGAUCUAAUUGAUGACGUGGCUCAGUGGAUGCGAGAGGACUUCUGUUUAGAGGUGAAUACUCCAGGAGGAAUGGUAGAGUACAGGGAAGCUCUUGCUCUGAGCUUCUUUUUCAAGUUUUAUCUUCAUGUCAAAGACCUGUUGUUCAAAGAUGGGAUUUCAGGGGAAAAGAUUUCUCCUGAAGAAGAAUGCACCAAAGUUCCUCUUGGGGGAAAUCAUCAUGGAUCAAUCAGCACACAGACAUGGCACGAGGUUCCAGACGACCAACCAGAGGACGACACAGUUGGCCGAGCUGUACCCCACCACUCAAGCCAGGUACAAGUCACUGGUGAAGCCCGAUAUACUGACGAUAUACCACCCUAUGCAGAUGAAUUACAUAUGUGGUUGGUGACCAGCCAGCGUUGCCAUGCUCACAUUCGUGAUGUGGACAUAAAAGAAGCGAUGACUUCACCAGGGUUUGUGACGUACGUGGACCAUCGUGAUGUACCGGGGUCAAAUAUAACAGGGGUGAUGAAGGGGGAUUGCAUAUUUGCAGAAGAUAAGGUCACAUGCGUUGGCCAAGUUAUCGGCGCUGUAGUUGCCGACACAUACGCGCAUGCACAAAGAGCAGCUCAGUUGGUGAAGGUUUCAUACGAAGACAUUUUUCCAAGAAUUUUAACAAUAGAGGAUGCAAUUGAACAUGUGUCGUAUUACAGCAGUGCUAAUUUAAAAGUUGGAGACGCCGAUGCCGCACUAAAAGCAAGUGAUCACGUGCUUGAAGGAGAAAUGAGGAUAGCUGGUCAGGAGCACUUUUACUUAGAAACCAACGGUUGUCUUGUCAUUCCUAAAAACGAAUUUGGGGAGAUUGAAAUAUUUUCAUCAACGCAAAAUCCGACAGAUCUUCAGCUUUACGCUGCUGAAGCUCUGGGUAUCGAUAUCAACAAAGUUGUUGUCAAAGUGAAACGACUUGGUGGAGGUUUUGGUGGAAAAGAAACUCGCUUUCUGGUUGUGAGCAACCCGGCUGUAAUUGCAGCAAACAAGUGUGGUCGACCUGUUCGGUGCAUACUUACCAGGCAAGAUGAUAUGCUCAUUACAGGCCAAAGGCACUCCUUUUACUCAAAGUAUAAGGUUGGAUUUACAAAAGACGGAAAACUGACAUCGCUCGUCAACCAUAUAUAUAAUAAUGGAGGAAAUACAGCGGAUUUGUCUCUCUCUGUCAUGAAUAGGGCAAUGCUCCAUGCUGAUGGCACUUACAAAAUUCCCAAUGUGUCAAUCACUGGUAAAACAUGUAAAACAAAUAUUGCUUCGAAUACAGCAUUUCGAGGAUUCGGCGCGCCCCAGUCUUUGUUUAUUGCAGAAGAUUGGAUUCAGAAAGUUGCGGCAAGGCUUGGUAUGCCACCAGAAAAGGUUCGUGAGAUCAACAUGUACAAGGAGGGCGAUACCACACACUUUGGCCAAAUCCUAACAGAUUUCAAUCUUCCUCGUUGUUGGCGAGAAUGUUUAGAACGGUCGAACUUCGAGGAACGAAAGGCAAAAGUGGAAGAAUAUAAUUUAGCCAAUAGGUGGAGAAAGCGUGGUAUAAGUUGUAUUCCAACCAAAUUUGGAAUUUCUUUCGGUCUUACCCAACUCAACCAAGCAGGAGCAUUGGUCCAUAUAUAUAAAGAUGGUUCAGUUCUUUUGACACAUGGGGGCACGGAAAUGGGCCAGGGUUUGCACAUUAAAACAAUCCAGAUUGCCAGCAAGUGUCUUGGAAUCCCAGUGAGUCAAAUCUAUGUUUCCAACACAAGCACUGAAACUGUACCAAACACUGCUCCAACUGCAGCUAGUGUGGGUUCAGAUAUCAAUGGAAUGGCUGUGAAGAAUGCUUGCAAGACUCUAAUGGGUAGGUUGGAGCAGUUAAAGAAAACAAAUCCAGCGGCAUCGUGGAAAGAACUAAUUAUGAAUGCAUACAACGAAAGGAUCAGUCUGUCUGCAACCGGCUUUUACAAGACUCCUGAUAUCUAUUGUGAUUGGAACAAAGAGACAGGCGAAUGCAACGGGAUGCCAUUUAAUUACUUCACUUACGGGGCUGCUGUUUCCGAAGUUGAAAUAGAUUGUCUUACUGGGGACCACGUUGUUUUGCAAACUGACAUAGUUAUGGAUCUUGGAAGAAGUUUAAAUCCAGCAGUUGAUAUCGGUCAAAUUGAAGGCGCGUUUGUCCAAGGCUAUGGGAUGAUGAUGAUGGAAGAACCGUUGAUCAACGAAGGUGGAUCGCUUAUUACAAGAGGACCUGGUGCUUAUAAAAUUCCUGGUUUUGGAGAUUGCCCACGUAGCUUUAAUGUCCACCUUCUUAAAAAUUCUAAAAAUGAGCGAGCCGUAUUUUCUUCUAAGGGAGUUGGAGAGCCUCCACUUUUUCUUUCGGCAUCCGUGUUUUUUGCAGCAAAAAAUGCAGUGACUGCUGCUCGAAAGCAUUCGAAUUUGUCGGGAGAAUUCCGGAUGGAUAGUCCGGCGACGGUUGAGAGGAUAAGAAUGUGCUGCGGGGACAAGUUCACUUCCCAGGUAGGCCAUGUUUCGGGUAAACGUAAAAUCUUAAAUUUCAUCACAAAAAUGUGUAUAAUACCAACAAUAUCAAGUGGGAUUGUGGGAAUAACUAAUUUCUGUAAAUCUGACCCUUAUCUGGUGCUCAUAAAGUUAAACGAUUCUUGUGAAAAGAAAUACAGUAACAAAAAUUACAGAUAA